UAACCUUGUCAUAGGAUUCAUGCAUAACCUCAAUCAUUCAGCCGAUGCAGUCGGGACGAAAGCAAUGGAGCAGACAAGCGCUUCAAAUAGAUUGGACAAGACUCGGCUGCCGUAAGAACGCGAACCGUAGGCUGUAAGCGGGCAACGAGCACAUGACCCGCUUGGAAACGGCUGUGUUGUCUGAACCAGUCCAUUUCCCAAGUGCUUAGUGCCUGGUUCGUUGUCUUUUUUCCCUCGAAAUUCAAGUUACGAUUCAAGUCAUCAUUUCUGUCUCCUGUCGGUAGCGGGCUAUGCGUUGACCCUUUCUGAACUGCGCCAAGGAACUAUAACUAUAAAAGUCGCGGCAUGAAUAUGGAUGCAUUCAUUUUAUCACCCAUCUACAGUUCUACAGUUCUGUUCACGGGCAACUACAGUCCGCAUCCAGCUAUAAUAGAGCUGUCAAGCAUCAGACCUCAAUCACCUACCCCCACUACCACAGAAAUCAUCACUAUGCCGGGCAGACACGUCCACUUCAACGAGGAGAACAUCUUCUACUCCCCUGCUCCUUCAGAAUCGAGCACCUCGCCGACUCUCUCAGAGUCGUCACUACCAUCCUCAACUGGGCCAACUACGCCCCCUCAGCUGAGGGAGUUCAUGCACUUGGGCCCCGUUGCUAUCAACCCAAUUCUUGCCUACCACCCCUUCGUUUUCCCCAUCAACUAUGACGUCUCAUAUCCACCCAAUACCGCCUCCGCUAACAUUCGCGCCUCACCGCUCAACCUUGAUUCCUACCGCCUCGCAGAACCUGCUACCAGCCCACCCAUUCCCGUUCUCUCGCUCCAAAACGACCUCCUCCCAUGGCGCUGCGAAAUUCGCGCGUCGACAUGCUUUUAUGUCACCGUCGGGGACGUUCUCACUCAACUCUACAGCUUCCUCCGUACUCCGGGGUCGCGUGAGGAGUUCAAAGCGGCUCCUAGUCAGAGCAUCCGGGACACCAUAUCAGAUGUAUACCGCAAACGGUGUGCGCGUGCCUCCUCGGCUGAGGCGUACGCCGAAGAGCAGCGCAAGGGCUUGAAGCGGGUAGACUUCUUAAUGGGGCGCACUACGUUCAUGGGGCUAUCCAGCACAAAAUUGGGUCCAGAAGCGUGGGUGCUAAACCUACAAUGAGCAAUCGCCGCUAUACUAGGAGGGAAGCGAGAACGGGGAGGGGUCAGCAGCAGAAUCAUUCAUUAUCCACAUCCACAUCCAACCACCACGCAUAUGACACGGACACAUUCCAAAAAACAGAUAUCGACGACGACCGGAGCUCAACUAUAACUUUAUCAUAUAUAACAAAACUCUACUCGUCACCGUUUUUCUUAUUGUUACACUUAUAUCCCAUAUACAUUACGCACACACAUUUCGUCUUCGCAGUUUUUUUUUUCGGCUGGUUAUUAUUGUUGUUGUAGAAUUAGUGUACCCCGGAUUGGAGGCUCAAUUUCUUGGUCGUCGCUCGUCGAUAUCCCUACGUUUGUUGUAAUGUAGAGCAUCCAUACUUGUCAUAAUAUUGACGUUUCAGAACUUUUUCACAAGAUAUCCUUGGAUACCUUUUCUUGUUAGUCUCGGAGAAAGCCUUGAUUCGGACAAGACCUUCGCUAAUCAAACGGAC